CAGGCCUUUAUUUGGCUGCUUCUGCACGACACAACCCAAGUCCUCGGCUACUUUUCGUUACUAUACAACUAGUAUUAUGCUCAGUUCCGGUUCCAGCUUCUAAGCCGCAGCCAAAACACGGUUCAAAGAUGAAGGCCACACUCAUCACUACAUCCCUCCUCCUGGGCCUGACCACCGCCGCCCCUUACGAGCUCGUCUCCAAACGUGCCCUCGCCCCCCACGAAUGGGCCCGCUCCAAGCGUGAUGGCUGCCCAGCCUACCUCGAAGAAGGCCAAUUCGAGUUCCCGCACUACAUCACCAAGAUCAACUCCAGCGCCCCGGACACCGCGUACGGCCCGCAAUACUUUGGCGUCUUCACCCCCAACGAGGUGUCCUCAAUCUUCUCCUUUGACAUCCCUGCCUCCCGCGCCGAUGCAAACUGCACCCUCGAGUUCCUGUUUCCCCGACAGGACCAGUUGCAGACUUCCUCUUUUACGUAUGAGGGGGCAGGGACGUUCUUCUUUACGGGGUAUAACCCCGGCAGUUGCCCGGGCGAUGAAACGACGUUUAAUAAUCAGCCUGCGCCUGGCCCGUUCCCAGAUUUCCCGCCCAUUCAUAUGGAGCCUGGGUUCGCUUAUACGAUUGAUGUUGGGCCUUGCUUUGUGGGGGCGGGGACUUGUGUCGCCGGGAAGACUUCGACCAAUGACACGCACUUCGAGUUCUUCCAGAACUACGGUGAGUGUCCCAUUGGCGUUUACACCGCCUACAGCUACGGUCUGCCUUGCGAGCCACCUUUUUGCUAGGCGGGUGGGAUUGCAGGGAUGGUGGGAGAGAGGAGAGGGGGCUUCCACCUCGACGAAAAGCGAGAGAUGAGAUAUGAAAUGGAAUGAUAAUGUCUAGUAACGCCGGGUUUCACUCAUUUCAAAUUUCCACCACGAUAAUCACGCACAAUGAAAUAAUUGAAUCCCUCAAGUUGUCUCCUGUAUACGACAGAUUUGUGUUCAUCUCCGGUGGCAUUGAGUGCUGUUUUCUCACUUUUUUGUCUCCCUCACUUAGUCAGUAUCGCAUGAUUCGAAUAAACCACUCCACAAUAU